AUGGAGGUCAUGCAGGUGCUAUUAGGUUUUUGUUGGAACAAGGGGCUGAUCCCAACAGUGUUGGUCAAUUCAAAAGAACUCCCCUAUAUAGGGCAUCAUUUGGUGGUCAUCUAGAGGCUGUACUGGUAAGGUGAAGUAAUGGUAAGAGAGCUAUGAAAUAUCAAAUUUACGAUUUACAUAAAAAAGCAAUGGAGUCAUUCAUUAUCUAAAAAAUAUGAGAAAAAUCAAUUUUUUUGGAAACUAACAUUUCGUAUCUGUCAACUUUUUUAUGAAAUAUCUAUUAAUUUUUCAAUGUUAAAAUGAUGCUCUGCAGAUAUUAUUGGAAAAUGGAGCUGAUCCUAGAAUUUAUGCUGCAGAUAACGAAAAUCCUAUUGAGGUAAUUCAUGUCUUAAAGUAUCAAAUUUUAACAUAAAUAUAUUUUUAAAAUAUAUGUUAAAAUUAAACAAAAUUUGCAAGAUAAAUGUAAAAUUGUAAAAUAUCUUAUUCGAUGAGGAUAAUUUUUAAACUACAUCAAGCCUAAGCAGAUGGAAUCUAGUUUAAUACCUUCCACUAGAUAGCAUCGACUCCAGCUGUAAAGGAGGUGCUAGAGAGCUGGGACAUGAGCCGUACAGAAGCUGUUCUCAAAAAGAUUCAAGCUGCCAAAGAUAAGAGGUCGCAAGAGGAUAAAGCAAGGAGAGAAGCAGAGACAAACAAGUAAAAAAAAAAAGCUAAAAUUUUAAAAUAUCAAAUUGCUUUGUAUUUCCAUUAAUGUAACAUUUUUAUUGUUGAUGCAAAAUAAGUAACUAUAAUUUGUAGAGACAGCAGCAAAGUCAAGAUUAAGUUGACCCAAUAUUUAUUAAAGAUCCCAAAUUUGAUGUUGCAGACUGGAGAAUGUUGUCGCUGCUGCUGAGAAAGAGUUUGAAACAAAACAAAAACAGGUCAGAAUUUUUACAAUUUCAAUGGUUUGACACAUUUUAGCCACUUUUUAAUGGAUUUAUUAAACUUUCUUAUUUCUAUCAAUAGAAUUAAGUAUUCUGCACAUAAAAUAAAGCUUUUUUUUUUGGUUUGUCACUGGAUUACAAAAAUUAUGUUUUAGCUGGAGUAUGCAUACUGUGAGCUGAACAAAAGAAUUCAUGAACAUGAUACGUGUAUGGCACAAGGGUUUGCUAAACCUGAGUUAACUGUACAGGUAAUGGGCAUUCAUUAUAAAAUCUUAACUAGCUCUACAUUUGAAAGUUGUAGAGACUUGCCUAACUUCCAUAAAUUUUAUUUCUCUUGUCAUAAUUUGUAAAACAUUUAUUUUAUGUCCUUGAAAAUCAAUUUUUGUUAUGUGUAACGUUUUACACGAUUUUCCCGUGCGUGAACUUUCCUUGACCUUAAAUUAGAUUCUUAAGCAGACGCUCGCUUCAUAAAUGGGCGUGGCCUAUUCGUUUGAUGUAUCUUGUUGACUACCGCCUUUCCAAUUAAACCUUGUUAGACUGUCUCCUAGUAUUUUGUAGAAUGUUUGCGAUUGCUCUAGAAAUGUAAACAAAUGCUGAUUAGCUUCUGGAUGGCAGGGCUUACGCGUCGGUAGACCCACCUAUAUAAGGGAUUGACAGAUACGGAGAGAAGGAGAUUCAGAUAGAUAUUAUUAACUUUACGAGCCAUGUAUUAUUCUUUGUGUAUUUGUGUGCUCAUAUGUGUUUAUUUCGCAUUUCAUCAUUAUUCAUUGGCACAUUAUUCUAACUGUGUUAACUGUGUACCGGUACAAGAUCUACCAUACUGUAAGUUGAAGAUUGUCAUUAUAUUUUCUUUUCUUUUGAAUUAUAUUAAGACUUAAUAAAUCUUAUUAAUUGUAACUGGCAACUGUUUUUGGUGUCGUAUCUUUAAUAUUGUUGACUCUGUGGUAUCGUCCUUUGUUAGGCACUGUUUACAACCAGCCAAUAAAAUUAAAAUAGGAAAUUAAUUUCUCAUAUUAGAAGCCAGUGUGUAACAAUUUUAAAAUUACAAUUUCACUAUCUGAGCUAAGUCUGUAAUUUUACAUUUCUUUAAGUUUUAACAUUAUUAUUAGGCCAUACAUGAUCAAGAACUUGAGGUAGAAAGUGCUAAGAUAGAAGUGACUACAGCCAGGGAUAACCUUGCCAAGGCCAGGCUGGCCCUGAGAGAGUCCACAGCAGCCCAAGGUUUGUGCCCUUUAAUUAGAUCUUGAUGGCAGAGUUACCUUAAUUAUAAUAUCAUGUCAUGCACUUACCAACAGAUACAAGGAUUCUCCUUUUUAUUACCACCUUGAACUUUUUUGAAAAAAAAACGGAUUACCUUUUUUUUUUGUUUUGUUUUGAGAGAGAACCAAACAUCUUUUGACACAGAGAUUACCAGCUGUUUCAUUUUAUAGGUGAAGAUGUGGAAGACACAUUACCUGGUCUCAAGAUUACGAUAAAGGAUAUGGAGGAUGUUUUAUUCCGAGAUGUUGGAAACAGACUUAAUGAUUCUGGAAAGUUAGUGAAUGCCAUCUUAUUAUUUACUUCAAAUAUUCAUCCAUAAUUUUCUACAUUUAUAAUUUUAUUGAGCAAAGCAAUGUGUAGAAAAAACAAGUGGAGCAAAUCAAGUAACCUGAUCAAAUAAAUAAAGCAACUCUGUUAUUUCCACCAGGUGGCCCCUACUUAUUGAUGUCAGUGGCCAGGCUUCCACUUUUCUGCGAUACAGAGACACAAACUGUAUUUGUGCUUUACGGCCAUCUGACAUGGAUGAUAAUAAUGUCCGGAGAUGUUUGCUUGGGGCCAUAAGGUUUAAUUAUAACUUUAUGUAUUUCAUAACAAAUCAUAUUAAACUGACAUAAAACAAUAUAAAACAGAAAGUGUACUGGCUUAUUUGUGACCUCAGCAUUUUGGCCAAGUAAUGAAAACAGAAAUGUAGUACAUAUGUUGAAUAUUCCCCAAGUAAUGUCAUACAACAAUUUUACUUGUGUAUUUGUGACUUACUUAAUGUCAGAAAUGUCCUGUCCAUUAAUCACUUACUGGUCUUCCAACUUUUUCUUUGUGACAAUUUACUCUAUCAACUGUAUAUAGUUUCAGAUGUGUUGUACAUGUAAACAUCCAUGAUAAGUUGCUAUGAGUUUUUGAUAAUGUUUUAAAAACUAUUUGUGACAAAAUAAUAAGUACCUGUAUUUACUUUAAUCAUUUAAAAAUAAUGAAGUAUAAUUGGAAGAAAAUAUAAUUAUUUUUAAAUAAUUAAAGUAAAUACUUAUUAUUUUGUCACAAAUAAGUAUAAUUAGAAGAAAAUAUAUAUGCACAUAUAUUUUAAAGUAUAAUUUCAACACCUCUAUAAGCCCGUUCCAGUUUUUGAGUGACAUAAUUAGAAUUAGCCUUACUUUGUGACUGUUUAAAUGCUCCCAUGAUAAUUAUGUAUUUAGGUAUGGCAAGCCAUUGGUCCUAGAUAUGAUGGAGGUGGACAUGUUUGACACAUGUGUUGAUCGUUUUGACAACAUCAUGAAAGGGUUGAUGAAAAGCAUCCUGGACAAAUCUAUUUUAAAAGAAGAAAAGUAA